UGAAGGCGCCUCACUUGCCAGCCCGGUACGCUGCGUCUGCGUCUUAGACCGUAGUUUGCGUCCCGCUCCGGUAGCGCAGCCGACCCGGACCUGCCCUGCUGCUGCGCGUCUGACGUCCCGCCCCUUCUCCCCUCCGAUCCCCGCCUCCUGACGCCGGGCGUGACGUCACCACGCCGGGCGGCCGCCAUUACAGAGAGCCGCGUUCCGGAGCUAGGGCAAACGGAGGAGGCGCAGCGGCCGGCGGCCGAGCACUGUGGGAGAGAGCCAGCGGGUCAGCGCAGAGCAACCGUCAGUGGCCAGAGAAGUCUUUCGGGAGCCGAAGACGGUGUGUGCGUGUGGCCCGUGUGCGGGCGGCGGCGCGGGAGGAGCGAGGAGCGGCAGCCGGUUCGGGUGGGUGGCAUCAUGGACGAGAAGGUGUUCACCAAGGAGCUGGACCAGUGGAUCGAGCAGCUGAAUGAGUGCAAGCAGCUGUCCGAGUCCCAGGUCAAGAGCCUCUGCGAGAAGGCUAAAGAAAUCCUGACGAAAGAAUCCAACGUGCAGGAGGUUCGAUGUCCAGUCACUGUCUGUGGAGAUGUGCACGGGCAAUUUCAUGAUCUCAUGGAACUGUUUAGAAUUGGUGGCAAAUCACCAGAUACAAAUUACUUGUUUAUGGGAGAUUAUGUUGACAGAGGAUAUUAUUCAGUUGAAACAGUUACACUGCUUGUAGCUCUCAAGGUUCGUUAUCGUGAACGCAUCACCAUUCUUCGAGGGAAUCAUGAGAGCAGACAGAUCACACAAGUUUAUGGUUUUUAUGAUGAGUGUUUAAGAAAAUAUGGAAAUGCAAAUGUGUGGAAAUACUUUACAGAUCUUUUUGACUAUCUUCCUCUCACUGCCUUGGUGGAUGGACAGAUCUUCUGUCUACAUGGUGGCCUCUCGCCAUCCAUAGAUACACUGGAUCACAUCAGAGCCCUUGAUCGCCUACAAGAAGUUCCCCAUGAGGGUCCAAUGUGUGACUUGCUGUGGUCAGAUCCAGAUGACCGUGGUGGUUGGGGUAUAUCUCCUCGAGGAGCUGGUUAUACCUUUGGGCAAGAUAUUUCUGAGACAUUUAAUCAUGCCAAUGGCCUCACAUUGGUGUCUAGAGCUCACCAGUUGGUAAUGGAGGGAUAUAACUGGUGCCAUGACAGGAAUGUAGUGACGAUUUUCAGUGCUCCAAACUAUUGUUAUCGUUGUGGUAAUCAAGCUGCAAUCAUGGAACUUGAUGAUACUCUAAAAUACUCUUUCUUGCAGUUUGACCCAGCACCCCGUAGAGGCGAGCCACAUGUUACUCGUCGUACUCCAGACUACUUCCUGUAAUGAAAUUUUAAACUUGUACAGUAUUACCAUGAACCAUACAUUGACCUAAUGGAAAUGGGAAGAGCAACAGUAACUCCAAAGUGUCAGAAAAUAGUUAACAUUCAAAAAACUUGUUUUCACACGGACCAAAAGAUGUGCCAUAUAAAAAUACAAAGCCUCUUGUCAUCAACAGCCGUGACCACUUUAGAAUGAACCAGUUCAUUGCAUGCUGAAGCGACAUUGUUGGUCAAGAAACCAGUUUCUGGCAUAGCACUAUUUAUAGUUACUUUUGCUUUCUCUGAGAGACUGCAGAUAAUAAGAUGUAAACAUUAACACCACGUGAAUACAAUUUAACUUCCAUUUAGCUAUAGCUUUAUUCAGCAUGACUGUAGAUAAGGAUAGCAGCAAACAAUCAUUGGAGCUUAAUGAACAUUUGUAAAAAUAAGUACCAAGGCUUCCCCUCUACUUGUGAGUUUUGAAAUUGUUUAUUUCAGGGAUACCAUUUAAUUUAAUUAUAUGAUUUGUCUGCACUCAGUUUAUUCCCUUCUCAAAUCUCAGCCCCAUGUUGUUCUUUGUUAUUGUCAGACCUGGUGAGUUGUUCUGAACAGAACUGUUUUACCCCCUCCUGUAAGAUGAUGUUAACUGCACAAGAGCACUGCAGUGUUUUUCAUAAUAAACUUGUGAACUAAGAA